AUGGAAGAUAGAGCCCACAGAAUUAUUCAGUUUGCACUGAACAGUAAAGAAAACAUGAAUAAUGCAUCCUCAUUAGUGGAAAAUGUUUCUUGUAAACAUAUCAAUCUAACCAGUUCAUUUCAUUUUACAAGAGGAAGAUGUUACACAUUUCAAUCACUAAACCAAUCAGAGCUAUUUUCUCCAGUCGGUGGCUUUUUCUUUUAUCUAAGUCAUGAUCAAGCGAAACAAGGUGGGGGUUACUCUGACUCAAGUUCCCCUGGUUAUCAGCUUUACUUACAUGGUCCAAAUGAAGUGUUAACCUAUAGUAAUAGUGAAGGAAGUAGUUUUAUUGAGUAUCUUGACUUGGACUCUUCAGAAGAGAUGUACGUAAAAUUUGAAAUACAACAAUUUAAAAUGCAUCCGUCGAGUGACGAAGAUUGCGUUCCCGAUGAACAUUACAGCAAAUCGCAGUGUGAAGAUUACUGCAUCGGCCAAGCAAUAGUUAGUAACACUAAUUGUACAGUCCCUUGGCUAAGAUUACCGCCAAACAUGAGUUUUCCUGAAUGUGACGAUUUUUUAUCGGUUCGAAACUCAAUUCAAUAUUACAUAAACCGUAGUAUGAGAAGAACCUAUUUAGAACAAUGUAAUUGCCGCAAGGCCUGCGACUUUACAGUUUACAAAUCCUAUAUUAUUAAUCGAAAAUCUGUAGAGUCCUUACUAGAACCCAACUGCGUCAUUUAUAUUUAUUGUACUAAUCUAAUAUUCAGAAUGACCGAAGUACUAGGCUACGAUUCUAAUCAGCUGCUAUCUGAUAUUGGUGGAUCCUUAGGAUUUUUAUUGGGUCUGUCAGUCAUAAGCCUCAUUUGCAUAAUCGAACAAAUUUUCAAAAUAAUGUUUAGAAUAUUCUUCAAACGAAAAGUGAAAAAAGAGUUAGAGGCUCAGGAAAUAGGAAGCACCAAAAACGAAGACACCAAAGAACGUGUUGAAAAUAUGGAUAUAAUUAAAAAUAAUAUUAUAUCUGACAAGAAAAUAGAUAAUGAACAAGAACAUAUUUAUAGUAAUUUAAAAAAUUUAGUUGUUGACUACAAUGAUUUCCAAAAGAAUAGUUAUUGUGAGCAUAGUCCAAAUGAAAAUCAAAACCAAAAAUAUGUAAAAUAA